AUGUAUCACCGCGAGGCAUCUGGAGGCCUGAAGCGUAGUGAUCGUAAUACCGACUCACUUCGCCGUGGCCGAGAUGCGAACGUUUCCCUGUCGGCCUUUAGCUUCCUAUUCUCCGAAAUGUGCUCCCGCGCGUUUACUCACCCGACCCGUGUUCGCAACCUUGAGGAGGUGGAAUCUCGUUUAACCUCGCUUGGGGUUCACGUCGGAACUCGACUCGUGAUGCUGUCGUUCCUUCGCGAUUCGUCCGAGCUCCAGCGGCGUCCGCUCACCGCCCUGGCGGCGCUGAAGCUUAUCCAAGAGAGGCUCUGGCCGCGGUGGUUUGGUCGACCGGCGGACGAAAUACAACGCGAGGCCAACUCAGACCGCUUUUUUGUCUUCGAUGCCAAUCCGUUAGUGCUGAGGUAUGUCAACCCAUCGCCGGAUUACCUUGACAAUGAAGGGCAUUGGAAUGUAAAUUAUGCGAGCUUUAUGGGUGGCAUCAUGCAGGGUGCCCUGCAGUCCAUGGGAUUUGACUGUGAGGUGUUGACGUACCAUCAGCCAGAUCCGGCUAAACCGCACCAGUCUUUGUUUGUUAUUGACUUUGCGAAGCACGUGUGGGUUAGGGAGCAGCAAACCCGUAUCUAG